AUGCCGACGCUAACGAUGUCGUUGCAGGAGGAGAAGAGCCCUCCUAAACGCGGACGUCGGCGCCUUCUGCAGGACGAGGAGCAGCGCAAGGCGAGACGCAAAGCCCAAUGCAAACUUAACCAGCGCAGAUACCGUGCACGACAGCGUGGACUCGUCAGUACGCUGUCUCUAGAGACCGAGGGGAUGAACGGGCAUCUCCAAAACUUGCAGGACUAUCGGGACUUUUUGAGAGGCUAUUUCUUACUGGAUGCACAACCUCUUACGACCUGGAACGACCCCAGACCGAUGCUCGUGGUCAAGCACUUCUUACGCGCUUUUCGAUCGGGUUUUGCACUGCAUUCAACGGAGUCUAGUUCGCUACAGGAGAGUUUUGUGAAGCUGGUGUGUGCUCCGGAAAUGAUCACACAAGGCAGCACGACGGACGGAAUAGAAGCACUUUUGCUGCAGCUAAAACGCUACACGUCGUACCAUGGUACUUUAGAAAUACUGCCAGGCACAUUCAAGGUUGUGCACGCUCCAAUACAGGAGAUGGAGGCCCAGGCGAACGAGGAGAAACUCACUUGGGUCUUGGAAGCAAAAGGAGCAGUCAGGAUGCGGAUCUCGCGAGACACGUUGAUAAUGCGUAUAGUGGGUCAGACGAUCGAGCCGCAAUUUACGGCGACGCUCCAUUUUGACGCACGUGCAAAAGUUACCAAACUGGACCAGCAUAUCGACUUUGCGGGCGCUUUCUUCCGGAUACUUGAAAACGCACAAGAUGUGGCUACAGUCCUAGAUGGAGCACUCAUUUCGCCCUUUUCAGAACUGGGUUUGGACCCGCAAGGCACUGCGGAAUCUGCACUCACGCGCGGCAGCAAGCAGCUCAGUUUAAAAUUUAUUCUCCUCUAG